UCAACGUGAAGACGUCAUGUCUCCGGAAACAGGAAGUAACAGGGCCAGGACAGCUGACCGCACAAAACAAAAAUCUUGAACUUACACUGAAGGACAGUCCUGUAAAUACAAUUUUAAACGGAUAUGAAAGAAGAAACGGUGUAAUUAUUACAAACUUGUCUGGUUGUGAAAACGUUUGAGUUGAGACAGUUAAAAAAAUGACAGCCAUCAAGCAUGCCCUCCAAAGGGACAUUUUCACGCCGAAUGAUGAGCGUCUCCUCAGCAUCGUCAAUGUGUGCAAGGCAGGGAAGAAGAAGAAGAACUGCUUUCUUUGCGCCACAGUGACCACAGAGCGGCCGGUGCAGGCGAAAGUGGUCAAGGUAAAGAAGUCGGAUAAGGGGGAUUUCUAUAAGCGCCAGGUGGCAUGGGAGCUGCGGGAUCUCACCGAGGUGGACGCCAAAGAUGCCAACAAGGAGAACCCUGAGUUUGACCUGCACUUUGAGAAGGUGUAUCGCUGGGUGGCAAGCAGCACGGCGGAGAAGAACUCCUUCAUCUCCUGCAUCUGGAAGCUCAACCAGCGCUACCUCCGGAAGAAAGUGGAAUUUGUCAACGUCAGUGCCCAGCUUCUGGAAGAGCUUCCUAGAGCUGAAGAGUCAGCUCCGAGCAGUGAGAGCCAGAGCGUUGCCGGCGGCGACGAGGAUGCCCUGGAUGACUACCAGGAGCUGAAUGCCCGCGAGGAGCAGGACAUCGAGGGGAUGAUGGAGGUGUGCGAGUACGCCAUCUCCAACGCAGAGGCCUUCGCCGAGAAACUCUCCAAAGAGCUGCAAGUACUGGAUGGGGCAAACAUCCAGUCCAUCAUGGCGUCGGAGAAGCAGGUGAGCAACCUGAUGUUUCUGCUGGACAAGGCGCUGGGCGAGGUGGACACCAUUGAGGGGAAGCUGAGCAGCUACGAGGAGAUGUUGCAGAGCGUCAAGCAGCAGAUGGACCAGAUCUCCCAGAGCAACCACCUCAUCCAGAUCAGCAACUCCAACAACGGCAAACUCCUGGACGAGAUCCAGUUCUUGGUGAACCACAUGGACCUAUCUAGAGGGCACAUCCGGGCCCUUCAGGAGGGUGACCUCUCCACCCCCAAAGGCAUCGAGGCCUGCAUCAACGCCUCAGAGGCUCUGCUGCAGUGCAUGAGUUUGGCUCUCAGGCCAGGGCACGACAAGCUGGCUGCGGUGAAGCAGCAACAGAUGCUGUUCAGUGAGCUGAGGGACACUUUCGCCCGGCGCCUCACCAACCACCUCAACAACGUGUUCGUCCACCAGGGCCAUGACCAGAGCUCCACGCUGUCCCAGCACACCCCUGACCUGGCCCUGCCCAAACACAGCCCUCUGCACCGGGACCUGCUGCGCUACGCCAAGCUCAUGGAGUGGCUCAAGAACACCCAGAAGGAGAAGUAUGACGGCCUGUCCAGGACCUAUGUUGAUUACAUGUCCAGAUUGUAUGAAAGGGAAAUCAAAGACUUCUUCGAAGGGGCAAAAAUCAAAAUGACUGGCACUACCAAGGAGGCGAAGGGAAAGUUCGCCACGCUUCCGCGGAAAGAGAGUGCUCUCAAACAGGAGAUGGAAAGCGUGGCAGGCCUGCACGGCAGCUCAGGGAAGCUGACGGGCUCCACGUCGAGCCUGAACAAGCUGGCGGUGCAGGGCUCCAGCAGCCGCAGAUCCCAGUCCUCCUCCCUGCUCGACAUGGGCAACAUGUCCGCCUCCGACCUCGACGUCGCAGACAGGACCAAGUUUGACAAGAUCUUUGAGCAGGUCCUCAGUGAGCUGGAGCCUCUGUGUCUGGCUGAGCAGGACUUCAUCAUCAAGUUCUUCAAGCUACAGCAGCAGGUUCCCUUGGCUCAGGCUGAGGUUGAUGACGCAGACGGAGCCGCUCUCUCCAGGCCCUCAGUCAAUGAGCACAGGCACUCCAUAUCCUCAGAGCGAGACAUGGUGCGUUUGAUGAUGAACAAGAUCUUCCAGAGCAUCGAGACGGAGCUGAACAGCCUGAUCGCCCUGGGCGACAAGAUGGACAGCUUCCACUCGCUGUACAUGCUGGUCAAGAUGAGCCACCACGUGUGGACCGCUGAGAACGUGGACCCGGCCUCUUACCUCAGCACCACGCUGGGCAACGUGCUCGUCACGGUCAAGAGGAACUUCGACAAGUGCAUCCAAUUGCAAAUCAGGCAGAUGGAGGAGGUGAAGAUCUCGAAGAAGAGCAAGGUCGGCAUCCUGAACUUCGUCACAGGCUUUGAGGAGUUCGCAGAGCUGGCCGAGACCAUUUUCCGUAACGCGGAGCGGCGAGGUGACCUGGACAAGGCCUACAGCAAGCUCAUCCGAGCCGUCUUCCAGAACGUGGAGAAGGUGGCCAACGAGAGCCAGAAGACUCCGCGGGACGUGGUGAUGAUGGAGAACUUCCACCACAUCUUCUCCACGCUGUCGCGCCUCAAGAUCUCCUGCCUGGAGUCGGAGCGGCGCGAGGCCAAGCACAAGUACACCGAGCACCUGCAGUCCUACGUCAUCACCUCACUGGGCCAGCCGCUGGAGAAACUCAAUCACUUCUUUGAGGGCGUGGAGGUGCGUGUGUCUCAGGGCGUGCGUGAGGAGGAGGUGAGCUACCAGCUGGCCUUCAGCAAACAGGAGCUGCGUAAAGUCAUCAAGGAAUACCCUGGCAAAGAAGUGAAGAAAGGCCUGGACAACCUGUACAAGAAGGUGGACAAGCACCUGUGCGAGGAGGAGAGUCUGCUACAGGUGGUGUGGCACUCCAUGCAGGAUGAGUUCAUCCGUCAGUACAAGCACUUUGAAGGGCUGAUUGGCCGCUGCUACCCCGGCUCUGGAAUAACCAUGGACUUCACCAUUCAGGACAUGCUGGAGUACUUCUCCAGCAUCGCCCAGUCCCACUAAAUCACACACACACACACACACACACUCUCAUGUAAAGCGUACAAUACAUACACACUCAAUACAAACACUGAAAUGGUGAACCUUUGGACCUCCUAUAAAGAAAAGGGAUUACAAGAAGAGGGAUACAGGCUGAUGUGUAAGAAGAAUGUAAGCGCUCCAAAUACAUAUGCCUUGUAUAUAGUUGGGUAUCUAACAAGUUGCUUUAGAAUCCAUUGUGUAAAUUACUGAACUAAGUUGAUGACCGCUUUAUUUUUCUUUGGUGUUAACAUUGAACCGAAAAUCUCUUGCAAACUGACUGAAAAUAAGUGUGUAAGUGUGUGUGGUUGUGUUACAUUUGAAUACUAUUUUUAUCAUUUCAUCACUACAGGAAAAAAAAAUGUUUUGGUUAGAUUUUUGUCACAGACUCCGAGCUGAUCUAUCUUGCAGUUACUGAUAGUGUCUUGUCUGUGUGCGCUUGUACAGAAUCUAUAAAACAGGAAACAGGCUUCAUCUGCAAAGCUGUCAGCACUGACUGAUUUAAUGUUGUCCAUCCAUCCAGUUACAUCUUUUGCUGAUUUUUUUUAUAUGUCCACUUGUGCUACUGCUAAACAAAAUAAUGCCAAAUGUCUAAUAAAUAAUGCCAUAUUUGUCUGUAA